AUGGCCCUCCAAUGGGUGCAGAAGAAUAUUAAAAAUUUUGGAGGAGAUCCGAAUAAUGUUACUAUCUUUGGAGAAAGUGCGGGAAGUUCUAGUUGUCAUUACCACAUUUUAUCACCAAGGUCCAAAGGUUUGUUUCACAAAGCAAUUCUACAAAGCGGGUGUGCCCUUAGCGUUUGGGGACAAGGUAGUUAUUUUUAUAAAAAUCUCAUUGAGACUUUGGGAAAAAAAGCCGAAUCAGAAAAGGAAGGUCUACAAAUGUUGAGGACAUUACCUGUCGAAGAAUUGCAUCAAUUACAAACCAAAAUGUUAUGGUUGGAAUUGGCAAGCAAAAAAAGAGCCAUUGGACCCGUAAUAGAAAAAGAAUCAGAAUCAGCUUUUAUAUGGAAAGAGCCUAGACAAAUUAUUUUAUCAGGUGAAUAUAAUCACGUACCAAUGAUAAUUGGAUACUGCUCCAAAGAAGGUCUCUGUUUCGAAGCAACUUUACCCAAUGAAUUGAUACCAACAUUAUCUUUCGACCAUUUUGUACCUUGGAUGAUGAAUUUGGAUUUAGAUAGUAUAGAGUAUAAGGAAAUUGUUCAAAAAAUUAAAAAGUUCUAUCAUUCCGGUGAUGCUAGAGCAGACAUACAUUCAGUCUGCUCAGAUACCAUUUUCGUCCUUUGGAUCCUAGCUAGCGUACGGUACCACGUUAGAUCUUCUUCUUCACCGGUAUACCUUUACAAAAUGACAACUGAGUGUGUAUUGAACACACUGAAGACUAUGGAAAAUAUAACAUACCCAGGAGUAAGUCAUUUCGACGAUAUAGGUUAUUUAUUUAAGACCUACGUUACUCCAGUCAUUCAAGAAGGAAGCCCUGAAGAAAAAUAUUACCGAAGAUGCGUAAAAUUAUGGACAAAUUUCGCCAAAUACAGCAAUCCCACACCUAAAUUAAAAGAAUUUGAAGUUAAAUGGAAACCUGUUGAAGAUCCUGCAAAUUUAGAGACCCUAAUAAUAGGAGACACUUUAAAAAUGGAAUCCAAAAUAGAAAAACAAACUUUGGAAUUUUGGAAAAAUAUAUUUAAAAAAAAUAAGUUUUUGAAUGAUUAUUUAUAA